AUGAAGAGCAUACUCUUUCAGUUGUUGGCAGCUACGAUUGCUACCGCAUCUUCUCUACCUGCCUUUUAUAAUGCAUCAGGCGCUCCUCCAUUCUUUCCAGGAGAAGAUAUCCAGCUCACUGAAGGAAGACUUACAAAUGCAUCACAAAUUUUCCCAAAUAGCAGUAUCCAUCGUUUGUUCGGAUUCGGCCGAGAAUCGAAAAUCACAAAUAACAUUACUAGUUUCGGAUGCAAACUGCUACCUGGCGAUGCUGCUUGGCCGUCUCCCUCUACAUGGGAUAUUUUCAACUUCCUCCUAGGAGGUAGUCUGAUCAAAACAAAUCCUCUAGCCGCUGUCUGCUAUCCAUUAUGGCCUGAGUAUUCCGCCCAGCGAUGUAAAGAGGUCUCAGAGAAAUGGUUAACGUCCGAGCUGCAAUUAGCAAGCCCAGGAAGUGUUAUGCAGCCUUUGUACGAGGGGCGGAGUUGCAUGCCUCCCGGCUUCAAUUAUACCACCAGCUGUGAGAUGGGUGCAUAUCCAACCUAUGUUGUAAAUGUGUCGACCGUGGCACAGAUACAACUAGCUGUAAAUUUUGCACGAAAUGCUAAUCUCCGGCUUGUAAUCAAAAACACGGGUCACGACUUCCUUGCUAAAUCUUCUGGCAAAGGUGCUCUUUCAAUCUGGACUCACUACCUGACAGAUAAGGCCUUUUAUCCGGAAUUCGAAUCUGACGAUGGAUAUACGGGUCCAGCUAUUAAGGUGGGUGCUGGGGUACAAACUCGUGAAGCAUAUGAAUAUGCUAAAGCUCAUGGAGUUACCGUUGUUGGUGGCGAGGACUACUCCGUGGGAAUUGCUGGGGGCUUUACUCUCGGCGGAGGACAUUCUCCCAUGAGUAGUAUGUAUGGAAUGGCUGCCGACCAAGUUCUUGCCAUGCAAGUCGUACUUGCAUCCGGACACUUUAUUACCGCAACAGCAAAACAGAAUCCUGAUAUCUUCUGGAUGCUCCGCGGCGGAGGAGGCAGUACCAUCGGAGUGGUGACAUCCAUGACAAUCAAGGUUCAUCCCAAGGUACAAAUGACGACGGUUACUCUCAAUUUUACCGCCGACAACGACGGGCCAGAUGUCUUCUGGAAAGGUGUUCGUGCUUACUUCGACAAUGUUGAAAGUUUGGUUGAUAAGGGCACAUAUGCGUAUUACUUCAUUGGAGCUUCUGCCGAUGAGCGCGGUACUACGGCGGCGGGAAAUACUUCCUACUAUUUCCAGAUGCAGCCAUUUGCAGCACCCAACAAGACUAUCGAAGAGACAAAGGCACUUCUUAACCCUUGGUUUACUGCAAUGGAUGAAUUCAACAUCACAUACACCCCUGUCUACUCUCAUGCAGAUAAUUUCCAUGAUUCAUGGGUUGUCGCUUUUCCGGAGGAAAAAGUCGGCCAGGAUGUCGUUAAACUUGCAUCGCGCCUCAUGCCCCGAUCCGUAAUUCACGAUACUACGCUUCGCAACCAGCUCGUGGACGCAAUCCAGGACGCCAUUGCUAAGGGGUUUUUCACAUCCGGCGUUCAGCUCAGUGGAACGGGAAUUGCUGUCGAGCCACCAAGUACUUCAGCUGCCGCUGUCCUUCCCGCUUGGCGCACAACUCUAACUCAAACUACUGUGGGAGGGGAGUGGACCUUUCAGUCAGACUGGGGGACAGUGAAAGAGGUCUCAUUGUCUCUAACAUCCUGGAUGGAUGUUCUACGAGACCUCGCCCCUGAUUCGGGUGCCUAUUUGAACGAGGGCGAUAUCAUUGAACCUAAUCAAAGUGAUGCAUUCUAUGGCAAGAAUUAUCCUCGGCUCUAUGCUUUAAAGCAAAAGUAUGAUCCCACAGGUGUCUUUUUUGCUCUUACAGCAGUCGGAUCAGAGGAUUGGGAAGUGCAAGUUACUGAUCCUUUGCCCUACUCAUGGAAUAACAAUGGGAGACUGUGUCGACGGUGGAAGUAA